AGGCAAAUUGCUCGCUGGCUUAACAAAGAUUCCUUGUAACGACGUCGUUUAUUUGCCAACUUCUACCCCCACCCACCAUCGAUUUUUCCUACUCGCUUUCUGCUUUGACCUCUGCCUUCGCUCCUUUGACUCUCAAUUUAUCGAAGAAACUGGAUCUUCGUAACGCAAUCUUUUGCACUGUGGUGGUGAACAAAUCACUCUGCUCUGAACUUUCGAUGUUUCACCGGAACCUUGCUGAUGAUAAGCAUAAUUUUGAUUAAAAUCGGAUCAUUAAACUCAUCUGCUCUCGGGAGAAUCCUCGUGGGAUCCGCAGAUUUUCAAUUUUUUUAGGAAUGGCCUCAACCAAAGAUACAAAUGGCAAUGGGGAAAUAGAAGUAUCUAAUAGCAAAGAAGGAGAAGCUCAAAGUGCUUUCCACUUUUCUACAUCUCAAAAGACCUUAUUGAAUGAUGAAGUCACACAAAGAAGAUCCCCUGUUUCCAUUACUGUGGUCGCUCCUAUUAAGAGAAGAUUCUUCAAAUUUGGCUCAGCAUCUGCUAGGUUCCUGCAGAUUGCCAAAGAUAGAGAUGAGGUUUCACGAUCUGUGCAUUCUUCAAGUAGUCACCAUUUUCGAGAACGCCUAAAUGAAGUAUUUUCUAAGAAAAUUGAUUGGGCUUCACUUCUGAACAUGAGCAAAACAUGGAUCAGAGAUCCAAUGAACAUGGCUCUCUUCAUCUGGAUCACUGGUGUUGCUGUUUCAGGUGCAAUCCUAUUCCUUGUCAUGACUGGGAUGUUAAACGGUGCAUUGCCCAAGAAGUCCCAAAGAGAUGUUUGGUUUGAAGUCAACAAUCAAAUUCUGAAUGCAUUGUUUACCCUUAUGUGUCUGUACCAACAUCCAAAGCGAAUCCACCAUCUCAUACUUCUAUCUAGAUGGAAACCUGAAGAUGUUGCCAGACUUAGAAAGCUUUACUGCAAAGAUGGGACUUAUAAACCUCAUGAAUGGGCACACAUGAUGGUGGUUAUAAUUCUCCUAAACGUGAACUGCUUUGCUCAAUAUGCACUUUGUGGUCUUAAUCUGGGUUAUAGGAGGCCUCAGCGUCCAGCCAUAGGAGUAGGAAUAUGCAUAUCCGUUGCGAUUGCUGCACCUGCCAUUGCUGGUAUCUAUUCCAUUAUUAGUCCCUUGGGGAAGGAUUAUGAUUCUGAACUCGACGAGGAAGCACAGCUUCAGAAUCAGACAGUCGUUGGUAAUCAACAAGAACGGUCUAGGUUGAAAUCACUAGAGAAAAAAUAUUCAUUUGCUACAAGAGAUGAGCAUAGAAUUAUCGAGAACAGGCCGCAGUGGAGUGGCGGGAUACUAGACUUUUGGGAUGAUAUAUCUCUAGCAUACCUUUCCCUUUUCUGUAGUUUUUGUGUAUUUGGGUGGAAUAUGGAGAGACUGGGUUUUGGAAACAUGUAUGUCCAUAUUGUGACAUUCAUUCUGUUUUGUAUGGCUCCUUUCUGGAUUUUUCUCUUAGCUGCUGUAAAUAUUGAUAACGGAACUGUUAGGACGAUUAUGGCCAUUGCUGGGAUUAUUCUUUGUGUGUUUGGUUUACUUUAUGGCGGUUUUUGGCGGAUACGGAUGAGAAAGAGAUACAAUUUGCCAGCAUAUAACUUCUGUUUUGGCAAGCCUGCUGUGGCUGACUGCAGUCUAUGGCUUUUCUGUUGUUGGUGUACUCUGGCACAGGAGGCACGGACUGGGAAUUCUUAUGAUAUAGUACAAGAGAAGUUUUGCAGAAAACAAGCAGAGACAGAUGAGAGUAACGAGGCACUCGGUGAAGAUGACAAAUCCGGUGCACGUUCUCCGCUUGCAAACGCAUCCAGCCCAUCUAAGAUUAUCACAGGUGAUUCUCUUACUCUUAACUCAACGGGGUAUUAUAGUCCAGAAAGACUACUUGCUUCAGUGAAAGAAGAACUUGCAGAAGGUACAGAUAAAACUAUGGCGCCGCCUUCUCCUUCUUUGAUUCAGAGAGGAGCAACGUAACUCAGUUAAGCCAGAGGCUUGGAACUUGUGGUAUGUAAAUAGAAAUAUGUUGAGUCCUUUUGUACUACUUUUGUGUAAAAUGAAUUGAAAUUGCUUCCAUUUUCUUGAGUAUUCUGUCCAUUACAUGUAGAGAGCUCCCACGGGAAUUUGCUUCAUACUUUUAUGAUUUUGAGUUUUAUUCAAAGACCCAUGUAGGCUAUUUUGGCUUAUUGUGAAGUAUGAUAAUAGGUUUUUGGUUAGGCUUUGCUAUAGGAAACAUGUGUUUCCUUAUGUUCUUUGAAACAAUUGAAGCAAAGAGCUAAUAAUUGUUGAAGGGGAAAUGAGAAUGCCAAAAAAAGGUCUUAAUAGAGAGGAUAUUAUCUUU